UGUUAAUUGGAUUAUUCGAGUUGACUGGACCGUCUGUGGAAGGAGAGAUCCCUGGUGUUUAUUCUCUACGAGCGUUUUUCUUUUUCUUUGAGGUAAAAAUGCCUCUUUUUAUUAACCGGGACCAGAUAUUUGCGCAUCAGGUACACCUGCUGGAGCACAAACUGAGGAGUAAAGAGGAGCGAAUACUGGAGCUGGAGACAGAGAACGCUAUUCUCCAUUUAAGACUUUCCGAGUGUUUGGGGAAACUCCGUCGGGACCAUGAAGAGGAGACCCUGAACCAGCAUCAGCACCAGAGCAACGCUCAGAAGAUGACACAGUUGUCCCUUGCCAAACUCCUCGCUGAGGUCCAGGCUGUGAAGCAGGACUUGAGUGAACUUUUCGCAGUGUACUUCAGUUUUUCCAGCGAGCUGGAGGAGCAGAGCAAGCAGCUGCUGGACAAAGUAGAGCAAGCCAGCUGUUCUCUGAAUGGUCACCGUGGAGACGAGGUUCAGAACUUGCAAGCUGAUGUUGCAGCUCUGGAGCGCUCUCUGGAGGAGGAGAGGGAGCGGUGCAGGGCCGAGAGGCAGCGGAGGAAAGCGCUCCACAAUGCACUGGUGGAGUUGAGGGGGAACAUCAGAGUUCACUGCAGGGUGCGACCGCUUCUACCCUUCGACUACGUCCCGUCGUCCACCUCUGGAUCCAGGCCUAUGUCAUCGGAGGAAGUGGUCUCUGCAAUCAGCAGCGACACUGUGAUGGUGAAUUGCAUCAAAACAGGGACGCCGGUGCAAAACAAGAUGUUCGAGUUUGAGAGAGUGUAUGGACCAGAGGAUUCACAGGAGGCCGUGUUCCAGGAGGUCAAGCCGCUCCUUACUUCCCUGAUGGACGGCUAUAAUGUGUGCAUCAUGGCGUAUGGGCAGACAGGCAGUGGGAAGACUCACACCAUGAUGGGAUCCCAGUUGCUGGAGGAGCACUGGGGGCCGCAGCAGGAAGCACAGCAGGGAAUCAUCCCCAAGGCUGCUGCUGAGCUCUUUCGGCUGAUCUCUGACAAGCCCGCCGAGACCCUCACAGUGGAGGUGUCGGUGAUGGAGGUCUACAACAACGAGGUGCUUGACCUUUUGGCAAGAGAUGCGCAGGGCAGCGGCGCCGACCAGCGCCGGGAGGUCAUCACCAACUCCGCCGGCACCAGCCAGGUCACCUCCCUCACACACGAGCCUGUGCAUAAUGCCUCGGAGGUCAUGCAGGUCAUCGGCAGCGUGUUGAAGCUCCGGGCUCACUGUCCCACCCUGUUCCACGCGGACUCCUCGCGCUCUCACUUCAUCGUCACCUCCAGGGUUUCUCCCAAGAGCCCAAACGCUCUGCCCUGGGCCCGCAGGCUUCAGAGUGCCAAGAAGGCGAUGCAGCGCUCCGCCCAGAAGGAGUGGUGGAGCCCGGGCUGUCGCCGCGCCAACCCCGGCGGCGCUGCCCACCGCUCGUCCAACGACCACCUCUUCGCCAGCACGCCCUCCUCGCCGUGCCGCUCCCCCUCCCAUUCCCCGUGCCCCUCGCCGAGGCCCAGCGUCUCGCAGGCUCCCUUCAGGACCAAGCUGCAGCUGGUGGACUUGGCCGGGAGCGAGUGUGUCGGCAUGUCUGGAGUGUCGGGGGCAGCUCUGUGGGAGGUGUCCUGUAUAAACCGCAGUCUCUCUGCUCUGUCUGAUGUGCUGGGAGCUCUGGCCGAGCAGAGGCCACACGUCCCCUACAGGAACAGCAAACUCACUCAUGUCUUACAGGACGCCAUAGGCGGCGAUGCCAAGCUGCUGGUGAUGCUGUGUGUGUCUCCCACGCAGCGCUUCGUCACCGAGUCUCUGCAGUCUCUGGGCUUCGGCGCGCGGGCCCGUCAGGUCCAGAAGGAGCUGCCGCGCAGGAAGAAUAACACCCUCAAAGUUAAGUGACCGGCCAGAGAACACGUUCCACUAUUUUGCAGAUAGACCCGGGACGUUAUUGCCUGCAAAACAUAUCUGAGUGUAUAAUUGUCGUCGUGGUUGUUUUUCUGUGUUAGAGAGGCCCUUAUUGUUCUUGUUACUUAAACUGGGAAAUGCACGGCUUUUUGACAGAAGUAUAGAUGAAAUAUGUGAAGCCACAAAUAUUUGUAUGAUGCUGGAAGUAUGAACUCACGGUAUUUCGUUCACCUUUCAUUUAGCUGUAGAUGAAGUCAAUGGUCAACAGUCCUGUAUCAUCAUGCAAAGGCUUACUUCCACGCCGUGUAGUUAUGUUUAUACAGUACUUGCACUCAUGUCAUUGCAUUCUGCAUCUGUAACACUAUAAACCUUCCAAAUGCCUUGAUGGAGAAGUCUCAUUAGGAAGAUAAAAAUAAACUGCUGGUACGCAAAAGAUU